AUGCUAGACACCUUCAAGAUUGGUUAUAAUGAGCCGGAAUCUGACGAAUGCUCUAUCCUCUCUGACGGUAGCCAAUGUGUUACUUCUUUCUCCUUAGAUACUUCCGCGUCUACCUGGUACAAUCCAGGAGACCUUCCAUCGGGCUAUCCUGGAACUGCUCCUCUCUCCGAAACUACUGAGGCCGGAAGCAUUACAAGUGCUCCAGAUCCGUACACAUUCUCGAUAUUCCCGAGCUAUGUCACUGUCAUUACCCCGGCUCCAUAUAACAAGAAGAACGUCGAGGCAACAAAUACGGCAACUACUGCUGGAACUGCUACCGGCACAGAUGCUACCGAUACAGAUACUACAGGAAAGAGUACUUCUUCACCCAGCAAGGGAGCUGCGAGUCAUCUGGUAUCUCCUAUGAGCCCUGAAAUUGGUGUCUGGGGGCUAGCCCUGUACACAGUUGCUUGUGCUCUCUUUGGUGCGGCAUUGCUCAGAUAG